ACCUCCGAGUCUAGUAAGAGAACGACGACGAUAGCGCAUGCAAUGAGCAGCAGCGAAGUGGACGAGAGUUGUAAAGUUUUGCAACGAAAUUGUGGCCCAACCGGCAGAUGGACGAUUGCGUUGUUUCUAUCGUUAGUUGUGGGCAAUUUUGUGUUUAGCGGUUUUCUGUUGUGGAAGCUCAGUGUUCAGGAGAAAAGAUUUGAGAAAAGCGUAGAGAAGUUGCAGUUGGACUUGCAGGAACUUCAAGUAGAAAAAGAGGAAAUGAAGCAGGUUUAUGAGACGUUGUCUGAGUAUGGAGGAGAAAGAGGGAAGAGGUCGGAACAAUCUCCCAGUCAGUCGUCACAAGUUACAAUCAACAUUGCACACGUAUUUGGGUCAUUCAUCAAACAGAUGUGCAAACCAGAAUCAGCAAUUUGUAUACCAGGUCAACCAGGAAGAGACGGAUUGCCAGGUUUGUCUGGAAAGGACGGUUCAAUUGGAUUGCCAGGAGCAGCUGGAAUAAAAGGCGAGGCGGGAAGGAAUGGUGAACCUGGCAGUAAGGGAUUAUCAGGUAAACAGGGUCCACGUGGAAUAGCAGGUAGGAAAGGAGACAUGGGAGUGAGUGGAGAGAAAGGAGAAAGAGGAGAGAGGGGAGUCAGUGGACUACAAGGAAUUUUGGGUCCUCGAGGAGAAAAAGGAGAAGAAGGAGACAAAGGUGAACGAGGAUAUACUGGUUUUAAAGGAGAGAAAGGAGAGAGGGGAGUCGGUGGACUGCAAGGAAUUUUGGGUCCUCGAGGAGAAAAAGGAGAAGAAGGAGACAAAGGUGAACGAGGAUAUACUGGUUUUAAAGGAGAGAAAGGAGAAAGAGGAGAGAGGGUAGUUGGUGGACUACAAGGAAUUUUGGGUCCUCGAGGAGAAAAAGGAGAAGAAGGAGACAAAGGUGAACGAGGAUAUCCUGGUUUUAAAGGAGAGAAGGGUGGAAAGGGGGAGAUUGGGUUACAAGGAGGAAUAGGAAUGAAAGGAAACAAAGGAAUAAAUGGAAUGAAAGGAAAAGGGGACAAAGGGUAUAGUCUCCCCAGUCAAUGUUUAUCAGGGAAUCAUCGUGUUUUAAAUGAAACUUGGAGACAAACAUCUGAGCAUUAUACUAAGACAACUUAUCACUGUGAUAGGACAGGUGAUUCAUACAAUCAACAUCGUUUCACACCAGGCUGGCAUUCAUUCAGUCCUACAAUAGGUGGAGCUAUGCCAGAGAAGUGCACAUCUGGUCACUACUGUGCAACUCAAGCAUCAGGAUGGCUAAAAGGAUCUCAUCCAAAUGUAAUUGGUCAAAAAAUUUCAAGAACAGUUUGCUUUAGUUGGAGCAGUAAUUGUUGUGAAUGGCAGACUAGUGUUGAAGUGAUCAACUGUGGACAGUAUUACAUAUACAACUUACCUAACACUCCAGCUUGCUAUCUAGCUUACUGUGCUCGAGGACAGUGAAGAACAAGUUUCCUUUAUCAAAACCAUCACAUGUACUUAUCUUUCCAUUUUUGUGUGUAUCUAUGCUUCUCUGACUAGACAAGUGUCUGCUAAGAAUGAUUGUUGUAACAGCUGCUUGUUGUGUAGGAUUGCUGCAUACAGUAUGAUGUGCUGCUAGAUGGAAAUUUUGUUAUAAACAUACACAGUUUGUGAGCAGAAAUGUGGUUUGCUGUCUACAGUUAAGAACAA